AUGGAGGUUAAUGAUUUGCUCUCGUUGGUGGAGCAGUGCUACGAAAAGUUGUACCGAAAAAAAAGGACCUUGUUUGUUUAUGACUCAUCAAAUUUCUGCAGCAGCCCUUCGAAGGCUCUUGAUGCUAUAAGAAGCUACGGAAUGAAAAGCGACGUGCAGACGACAGAGGGUUUUCGAAGUGCUACCUGCGGCAUAUUGUUCGGUGAGGUGGUUACAAAGUCGCCCUUCAGCGAAUCCUCCGUUUUACUUAUCGCUCUCUUGUCGUGCAGGCUUUUUGCCUACUUACGGCUUUUCUGCAACGGAGGGAAGCUUUAUUUUCUUGAUAACCGAGCUGUGGCACAUUCCCUUGCUGUGCUGAAACAGUGGGUAGCAGAUAUUCUUGCCGUUCCAAAAGUGCUGAGGAUGGGGGACCGAUGUGUGCAAGUCAGCAUCGUGCGUGUUGUGGAGUCGGUAUUAAGUACGAACGGACUUCUUACCGAAGAAUGCAGCGCUGGCCUUGCGCGCAUUUUGGUAAUGGCGGCGCUUCAGAACAAGAGAUUAUACUUCUUUCCCAACGAUAUUCAUAGAGAAGAGCUUUUCCAUUGCUUCACUUCAUCAAGAGGCCGUUUAAGUGAUCCUUCAGUUUUGGAAAGCGUUGUGUUGCUUCCAUCAUCAUUGGCUCUCGAAGCACAGCUUCUUUUACUUGACACGAAUGGCCAGGGUGGCAGUAUUUUGCUUUUUUCGUGCUCUCUUCAGAUGGAGGGUAAUGCACUAAAUACAUUCGUGAAUUUGUUGCGAUGCCUUGAUGUUGGUUUCGUUGCCUCCCAGCGAGUGCUGAGCUGUGCACUGAAAGAGGCUCUUUUUGAUAUAGGUGUGGUGCCUUUGGAACGCUUAUCGUUGAAGUACAGUGCGGUUGUACAAGUAGCAACGGGUGCGACACCGUUUCACAGUUUGCAAGAGUUUCUUGCAUGGAUGCAGCAUACUGGGUCUGCAGAUCCGGAUUCUGAUGCGCAUAUCGGAAAGGUGCAGAAGAUUGUUGUUUCUGACAAUGAUCUUGUUUGGCUUCAUGGUAAGGAAGACGUAGCAACCGUGUUGGUUCCUGUCGAAGACCCUGUUGUUCAUGAUGUCAUUACAAAAAGAUGUGAGCAGGCAUUGCAACUUGCUCGUGUGGCCCUGCGUGGCUCAUCUAUACAAAACCCUGAAAGUCUGGGCGCGUGUGAGGUAUUCUUCGCCGAGUACCUGCAUCAUCGUUUUUUGCUUCACGAAGAGAAGAAUGUCUACCUUCAGGAUUUGGUUCACGUUUUGCGGUUUACGUUGCUUUCACAUGCUUCCUAUGCCGGUUGUACGACAAAAGAGUUUUCACACAUCAACUUUAUUGAGUUGGUUGCAAAUGUCGUGGAGGGUAAUUCCUCUUAUUGUAGACGCCGCGAAGACAACACAAGAACAAGGGACACUGAAUGUGUUGCUCCAUCUGCGGACGAAUCCGACCGUAGAUGCAGUGAGGAACUUGGGCGAUGUGCUGAGGUAAUUAGGAUGGCGAUUGAUAGAGUGGCUUUACUCUUUCGAGUAAAAGUGCUCUAG